UUUUUGAUUUUCUUGGGCCGGCGGGGGCUGCUGUAUUUAUAUUGCGAGGGGGAGGGGGUCCUUUUGUGUAACUUUGUGUUGGCGCAAUGUAUGCUUGUAUUUUAUGUUUCUUUUUUAUUGUAUCUUUUGACCAGUUCUUUCCAUUAAUGUCUCGAUUUAUACACUCAUUUUAUUUGUUUUUUGUGGUCUACUUGUUCGUUCGUCCAAUCUAUUUUUGUAAUCCAGUUUUUCGGUUGAUCGCUUGGAUAUAUCUCCAGUUUGAUUCUGAUACUUUGUUGUCUUUUUUUAUUCUUCUGUCAUUUUUUCUUCCACUCAUUUUCCAGAUCUGACUUUCAAUCUCCCUCUGAAAAUUUGCCUUGGUUCACAUCAAUAAAAGGCAGAACUGAAAACAAAGCUCACUUACCGCAAUGGCCAUCACCUCCCUCCAAUUCUUACGAA